UAUUCCUUUUUCUCCAUUGAGCUGUUCGGCGUUGGGCCUAAAAUAUUUGACUGCCAAAAGCAAUCCGAAGAAUCCUCCAAAAUGAUCAUUUUCAAGGAUAAGAAUUCCGGUGCGGAGAUGUUUACUGAUGCAACCAAGUACACAUUGGUGGAUGAUGUUGUGUACGAAGUUGAAGGAAAGAUCAUAACUGUGAAGGAUGACAUGAGCAACGUUAACAUCGGAGCAAAUGAGUCUCAAGAAGAGGCCUCAGAGGGUCUUGAAGAAGGCAUGAAAAGAGGUGUGAAUGUUGUUAUUUACAGUCGGCUUGAAGAGCUUACAGACUUCGCCAAGUACACCGUUGAACAGUACAUGAAAUACAUGAAGUCCUACAUGAAGACGCUGGCGCUUCCAGAGGACGCCGAGGAGAAAGCUGCCCUCCAGAAGAAGAUCUCCGGCUAUCUCAACAAAGCAUUGGGCAAGAAGUGGAAAAAUUUAGAGAAGUUUGAUCAAUUUUACGGCGAGGGUGCUGGAAUCGAACCCGAGAAACUCCCCAUGGUUGUUCUGUUGAACUACAGAGAAGAGGAUGACACGCCGUAUUUAGUUUACUUCAAGCAUGGUCUUAUCGAGGAGAAAGUAUGAAUAGGACGCUGUAGGAUAGACUGGGAAUUUAUCAACGUUUUAGAGGGACAUCACUGGACUGGGGAACAUCGGCAAGUGUGCCAGAAUUGUAAAAAGAAUUUAUUUAGUCCACUUUGUCAAAAUGAAUCAUCAUCUCGGAAACACUUCUGCUGGAGUCGGCUAGUCAAAACAAUCAAAAGGCAUGUUCUUUUGGAAAGACUUAAGCCCGGUUCAUACCUCCCGUGUAUGCGAUACGAAUUUUGGCGUCACAAAUUCGCUACAAAUAAUUCCCUUGAAAUGUGCUCAACUCCUGUAAGACAUUCACAAGCCCUUUGACGUCAACAUUCAAAAUCGCAUUCGCAGGAAGUAUGAACCGGGCUUAAGGCAGUGCUAGGUGGCAUUGGACUUUCAAUAGGUAGAUGCGAAGAUUCUUUGAAGUGUGGGUUGUGCUCGGAAACUGAAAGCUUGUUGUGUUUGCUGCCACCUAGUGUCCAAACAUCCUCCAUCUUUUCUUCACCGGCACAGAUUUCCUGGAGAACAGAUCUGUUAAACCUCAUGCAAUACGAACAAAAGUGUUUAACAGCACUGGACAUGUUUGGUAAUUGUCAAAGACCAACUUGGUGUUUCCUUAUACAUGUGCAUAGCUUAACAUAUCUGUGGAAAUUUGGGCUCGAUUGGUCAUUUUGGGCCAUGAUCAUUAUUUCAGACAGAAACUUUGCACUGUAGAAUUUCUACACUAAACAGUUUACUAAUAAACUUUGUUGUCAUCAUUUUGUGUAGUCUCCUUUGUUGCAAUUACAAUUUUAUACAUUUUGGCUCACUGUAUGAAACAGUUGACUUAUGAAAAAAAGUAGUGUUUUAAACAAAAAUUAUUUGUUUAUUCUGCUGUGUACAGUAAAUUAAAUUUAACAACCUGUGAAUGUACUACUGUUAUAAGUAUUGCAUUUUUUUGCUGAGCAUCUAUCUGAUGUAUGCUUAUCAAUUUACUCUUACAUGUGGAUUUUAUCAUAACAAGUCAGCACUAGGAACAAAAGAUGACGAAUCAUGACGUCGGUCUGAAACGGAAUAAGAAACUCGGAUAUUUCUUUAAAUUUUACACUUGGAAUCCAAGUUUGAUUUUAGAAAGGAACAGGACUCGUUUGUGUUGUCAUUAUGUUGGCAUUAUUUCAUAACUGGCAUUGUUUACUAGCUUUGAAGACUGUAGGGGUUUAACAAAAACAAUCACACAUAUUUAUUCUAUAAUUGUAGAAGUCAAGGGGAGAAUUAAAGAACAUUUAUUAAUUAAAA